UAUUUUAGCUCGAGAAGUACACAAUUUCUCUUCUAAUAAAUAAACUGAAUUAACAAAAUCAAACAAAAAUAUAAAAAAAGACUAAUCAAAAUACAGACGUUGAACAGCAAUUGCUUGAAAAAAGAAAUAAACAAACUUAAUCAAAAACAAGUAUAUAUACUGUUGUGUAGUCUAAAAAAAAAAAAGAGAAAUGUCGCACCAUAGCGAUGAUCAUUUAUUAGAGGCUGGUAGCGACUCAUUUUGGGAGCCUGGUAAUUAUAAACGUACCACCAAACGUAUAGAAGAUGGUUACAAGCUCUGCAACGAUCUUCAGCAAUUAAUACAAGAAAGAGCAGAUAUUGAGAAAUCUUAUGCGAAAAACUUAAGAGGCUGGUCAAAAAAGUGGGGUGAACUCAUUGAAAAAGGACCCGAAUAUGGCACGACAGAGGCAGCUUGGAAAGGUAUACUUACCGAAUCUGAACGUAUAUCGGAUGUUCAUAUGAAAAUCAAAGAGAAUUUAUGCAGUGAUGUUAGUUCUCAAAUUAAAGCCUGGCAAAAGGACAAUUAUCAUCAUACAUUAAUGCAAAAUAAGGAAAGAAAAGAUAUGGAAGAUUUGUUUAAGAAAGCUCAAAAACCUUGGGCAAAACUAUUGGCCAAAGUGGAAAAGGCCAAGGCUGAAUACCAUGCUGCCUGCAAAACUGAAAAAAGUGCCACCAAUCAAGAACGUAACGCCAACGCCGAUACUUCAUUAUCACCCGAUCAAGUUAAAAAAAUGCACGAUCGUGUACAAAAAACCAAGGAUCACGUGCAAAAGUGCCGUGAGAAAUAUGAGCAGGCCAUUGCUGAAAUAACCAAAUACAAUUCCGUGUAUAUAGAAGAUAUGACAUCGGUAUUUGAAAAGUGCCAAACUAUGGAAAAAACGCGUUUAUUAUUCUUCAAAGAAGUGCUAUUCAAUUUACACGCCUGCUUGGAUUUAACAAAGGUGGAGAGCUUACCGCAAAUUUAUGAAGAAUUUUGUCAUACCAUCAAUAAUGCUGAUCAUCAAAAAGAUUUGAAAUGGUGGUCCAACAAUCAUGGCGUCAAUAUGGCUAUGAAUUGGCCAGCUUUUGUUGAAUACACUGAAGAAUUCCGCGAAAUAGCCAAGGGUAACAAAUCGAAAGAAGCUUUGCCUGCAGCUCCGAUAACAUUAAUUAAUCAGCGGCCGGUUAAUGAGGAUUUACAUGAAUAUUCGGCUACAAUGAGUUUGAAAAAAUCUAAUAAUACUUCAACUAUGAAAUCAGCAAACAAACAGGAUGCAUCAGCUACCUCGCCAACCACAACGACGGCUAAAUCAAAUGCAACAACAAAUCAACGCAAUUCAGCUGUAGCCAAUGGUACUGGAAAGGGUUCGUCAGGAGAUCCUUUCGAAGAGGAAGAGGAAUGGGAUGAGGCUGAUAAUGUUCUGGUGGACAAUGGAGAACCCGGUGUUCCCGUCAAAGCUUUGUACGACUACGACGGUGCCGAAAGUGACGAACUAUCAUUCAAGCAAGGUGAUGUUUUUGAAAAAUUGGAGGAUGAAGAUGAACAAGGCUGGUGCAAGGGCCGAAUGAAUGGUCGUGUCGGCCUAUAUCCCGCAAAUUAUGUGGAGAUUAUUGCCGCGUAAAUUGCAUACGUUCAUAUAGCUCUUCAUACAGCAAGAAUAAGAAUACUUCUUGUGGAGAAAGCUAGAAAGAAAGGAAAAAAAAAAAAAAACAAAAACAAAACAUACACAAGCUCUUUAGCAUUUAUUAAACUACAUUUUGCACCUGGCGCAUCUUUAGAACGUUGUUAUUUCUAUCAUCACCAACGCGAUCAUUUUCAUAAGUUAUUCAUUCUUUUUUUUUAUUUUUUAAUUUUUUUUUUAUAAAGAACAAAAAUGAAGCAAUUAGCUUAACAGCUAAUUUAUAAUUAAAUUUCUUUUUCUACGCCUCUAGAUCUACCCCUAUUUUAUCUUCGCUGUGUUGUAAUCAUUGACGAUAAAAAAAAAAAAAAGAGAAUCGAAGCGAUUCAGCAAACUUUGAAGUAUUUUGUUACAAAAUAAUUGAAAUUAAUAUACGUGUAUGUGUAUAAUAACAAGCCAUCUAUCUAUUCCUUUAUUAAUAUAUUCAUCUGUAUUUUUCAUUAUGUCAUUGACAAAACGAAAUAAUCGAAUCAUAAUUGUUUGCGUGCGAAUUUUUCUUUUUCUCUUUGCGCUGUUUUCUUUUUUUUUUCUCUCUUUUUUUAUAUAAAAUUUCAUUCACAUACACGUACACUAUACCACGAGAGAGAUGAACCAAAUUAAAUAUAAAAAAAAAAAAAAAAAAAAAAAAAUAAUAAA